GUGUGUUUUCUCUAUCCAGCAACUUCACUGUGGCUGCUCACUGACAAGCCGACCCAGAGGAGGCUGAGGGGAUCGCUAACAAGGAGAGGAGAGAUUUUUGGAACAAAGCAAAUAAGAUGGCAUGUACCCUCCCAGUCUAAGCAGUGUAACAAGGAAUUGUGGGGGCUCCCUCCAGGCACCAGCUCCUUCCGCUCCAAUGGACACGGCUUUUCGCUUCUUGUUCAGCCUGAUUACAACCCUGCUGCUCCUGGUGGAAUCGAGCCAAACAGGAACUCCUGAGAAUGGUGAAGCAGUCCGUAAGGGCUCAGGCCAGGCAGAAGAUAAAGGGCCUCUGACUCUGACAGUCACGACGAUCCUGGAAGACCCCUAUGCGAUGGCGCGAGGCACAGAGCUGGAGGGAUUCUGCAUGGACCUGCUGGAGGCCAUCUCCAAGAUGUUGCAUUUUAACUACACGGUGAAGAUCGUGAAAGACCGGCGCUAUGGGGCUGUAUCACCAGGUGGGAACUGGACAGGGAUGAUCGGCGAGGUUGUGAGACAGGAAGCCGACCUUGCGGUGGCCCCCUUAACCAUCACAGCAGCGAGGGAGGAGGUGGUAUCCUUCACCACACCGUUCCUGCAGACUGGCAUUGGGAUCAUGCUCCAGAGGGACUCGACCUCCCGGGGCACCUCGCUCUUCCAGUUCCUGGCUCCCUUCAGCAAGGAGGCGUGGACUGGCCUGCUUAUCGCUUACCUGCUGACCUGCCUCUGCCUGUUCCUCGCGGCCAGACUGAGCCCCUGCGAGUGGAAUGAGCCUGGGAAUGAGGAGAAUCGCUUCACCUGCCUGAACAGCCUCUGGUUUGGAGCAGGGGCUCUUACUCUGCAAGGCACAGCCCACCAGCCCAAGGCGCUCUCUGUGCGCAUCAUUACUGCUGUCUGGUGGGCGUUCACGAUCGCUUUGCUGGCUGCCUACGUGGCCAGUUUCACCGCUCUGCUCACCUCUGGGAAUGAUCAGCUCCCGAUCCAGACGUUUGAAGACCUCGUGAAACAGAGAGAGAUCCAGUAUGGGAUGCUAGAUGGUUUCUCCACAUUUCAUUUCUUCAAGAACUCCAAGAACCCCAUCCACCAGAUGGUCUAUGAAUACGUAGACAAGAGAAGAGAUUACGUUUUAGUCAAAAACUCCCAGGAAGCUAUUCGACGUGCAGUGGAAUCCAAUUAUGCCUUCAUAGGGGAAUCAGUCUCUCAAGACCUCAUGGUAGCCAGGCACUGCAAUUUGGUCAAGGCCCCUGAAGUCAUUGGAGCACGAGGCUACGGCAUUGCCACUGCAAAGGGAUCUCCCCUGGCCAGGAAGCUCUCCAUUGCUAUCCUGAAGCUGAGUGAAUCGGGUGAUCUUGACUACCUACGUAAUAAGUGGUGGGAAACCAGCUGCUUCCACACGGGACAAGACAGAUGGAGCCCCCUGGGCCCCCAAGCCUUGGGCGGGCUGUUCCUGGUUCUUGCUGCUGGCCUCAUGUUAGGAGUGAUUGUGGCAGUGGUAGAGCUGUCAAACAAGAGCAGAAGCACAGCUGAGCAGAAGAAGAGAUCAUGCUGCUCCAUUUUCACAGAGGAAAUAAGUCAACGGUUCAGAAUAAGAGACGAUGCAAGGCAGAACCGGGAGAACCCAGAGAAGAUUAAACCCUAAGAACCACUAGGGAGCGGGGUCGGUUUCUUUCUUUCCUGCUCUAUAUAUUCAAUAC